AGUCCCUGUGAGAAUCAUCCCCUUUUGGAAAUGUGCUAAGAACACAUACAACCACCACAAAAGUUGCGAGAGUGUUUGGGGAUUUGGUCGCUUUUUUGGCUGAUGGGAUAGUCACGCUUGCGCGAUGCUAUAUAGUAAAAAUUCACAUCGCGUAAAAUACCUUACGUGAAAAAGCGCUCACAAAAUUGCAAGAAGGAUAUUUUCUGCCGGUUUUCACUGGAAAAUUCACAGAAAAAGUGCACAAAAAUCAUCUAAAGUGCUCAAAGGUGGACCAUUUGAUGGUAUUGUGAGUGAAAAUUGUGAAAAUUCUGUUGGAUUUUGGUGAAUUGGGGCGCUUUUCUGAAAUUUUCGCCCCAUCAUUUGGCAAAAGUCCCCGUGGAAAUCGAUGCCAAUGCAUUUUUGGCCUUGAAGCGUGUGACCUGGCAAGAGAAAAAGGCAUUUGACUGUGCAGAAAAGGAGCAAAAAACGAGGGAAAAGGCAUCCUAGGAAUAAGAUUUAGGUGAUAUUUUGUGGUGAGGUGCUGAGGUGAGCAAAUCCCUCGUCAAGAUACCCCAUGGAGGCAACUAUGGCGCUACUUUUAUCAUCCUAAUUAUUUACACCUCUCCCCUAAAAGUUAAACGCUUUUCCUCGUACUCGAAAAGCUCCGAAGGGGCUCCACUGAAAGCUUCCCUCCCAAAAAAAAAAAUUGUAAAUUGUGAAUGUGAAGAAUGUGAUAUUUCCCCCUGCAUGCAAAGGAUCUCAAGAAAAACGAUGAAAAGUGCUUGAGGAAAUUCCUACCCAAGAAAGUUCAAGUGUUUGUGGGAAUUUUCACAGGGUGCGGAAGAAUACAUUGCUAUAUAUUUCCGAAGGAGAGAAUCCACCCUCAAAGGAUUUUCCGUUAUUUGUGAAAAAAAAAAUUGUGUCCCUCUCGCCCCUUUUUCCAAUUUUUCCAGCAAAAGAAGAAGAGUGGCACAAAUUGUGAAUGACGAAGAAGUGCUCAAUUGUGCGGUAAAUGGAAACAGUGAGAGAGUGUGAAAAAUGCUGUGUAUAUUUCCCAAUUAGUCUGUGACGUGUUUUAUGUGCAAGAACGCAAAAGGACAUCCUCCAAAAUGGAUACAGUCAUCUAUCGAGUCGCUCUUCUUGCGCUCAUUGCGACCACGCUGAUGCCUCAAGUUGCACCAGAUCAAGAUGAAGAUAUUCCCCACAAUGAAGUACGAAAUUGGGCGCUAAAGUUCGGCGUAGAUUUGUGGGAGUUUGGCAGACAAUUUACCAAGAUGAACGACAUCAAAAUGAGAUAUAAAGACUCUGACGUUGAUGUAGUGAGAAAGGAUGGAAUUUUACUACUACGGGAAAUGGCAGCUGAAGUCAAGAAUUUCAUGGAUUUUAAAAUGAAUGCAGUCAUGAGAAUAAUGGAUUCAGCAGAACAAGCAGCCCUAUCUUCAGAAACGGAUCAAGAACCUCAAGCACAAUCCCAAAUUCACAAUCCGGCAGGAUCCGGGAAUGGAUUUUAUGACUCUCGACAUUUAAAUGAAUAUGCAUCGGAUGGGAGACUGGCUGAUGGUGCCAGAGAAAUGCUUCUGAGACCAAUGCGACGCUUCGAGAGUCUUCCCGUCAAUUUAACCCUUAGCUCAAUUCUCGUUCCUCCGGGAAUCGAUGUAAAUGAUGACGAUGUACAAGCCUCGAUAGCUUGGUCAUCGCAUCUAGAUCCACUGUUUGCCAACAACAUGGAAAGGGAUCCGGCACUUUCAUGGCAGUAUUUUGGCUCAAGUACGGGAUUUCUUAGGCGAUUUCCAGGUACUGCUUGGCCUCCGGAAGGACAGAAAAGUGAAAAGGAGGAUAUAAAUGAUUUUCGAACGGAAAAUUGGUUUGUCCAGGCUGCUUCUUCUCCCAAGGACAUUUUUAUCCUCGUGGAUGGUUCUAAGUCCAUGUGCAGUUCGAGCAAUCAUCAUUUGGCUGCUGCAACUGUUGGAGCUAUCCUGGAUACUCUGGGAGAUGAUGAUUAUGUGAAUGUUGUGGCUUUUACGGAUUCCGCAAAGGCUCUUGUUCACUGUUUCAGUGACAAAAUGGUCAGAGCCACUCCGGACAAUAUCAAAGAGCUCAAAGUUGCCGUUCAAGGUUUGGAAUGCGAGGGUUCGGGUAAUUUUACGGCUGGACUGGAGACAGCCUUCCAAGUGCUACAUCAUUAUAACCAAUCCGGACAAGGAAGUCAAUGCAAUCAAGCCAUUAUGUUGGUGACCACAGGCACUUCGGAGACACACGCCGAUAUUAUUCGUCACUACAAUCGGCCCCAUAUGCCCGUGAGAUUGUUCACAUACCUCAUUGGGGGUGGUGAUUCCGGGUCCAGGGAGGCACUACAUACAAUGGCAUGCGACAACAAGGGAUACUAUGUGCAGAUAAAUAGCGUUGAAGAUGCCAAGAGGCUAGUGCUGGAAUAUGCACUAGUUAUGGCCCGGCCAAUGGUGCUCUACCAAGCUGAUCAUCCAGUUCACUGGAGUCCAGUUUUUAUGGGUGGCAAGAGUUCAGUCCUGGGGAAGGAUGCAGAAAAUAGACGACGUCUUGUGACGGCUGUGACGACGCCUGUCUUCGACAGGCGCAACCACUCACAACGUGUGGCCAAUCUACUUGGGGUUGUAGGAACUGACGUCCCCAUUGAGGAAAUCCAGAAGAUGAUUCCCCAGCACAAGCUCGGCGUCAAUGGCUAUUCAUUCAUUGUGGACAACAAUGGUAGAAUUCUCUAUCAUCCUGAUUUGAGACCACUGAGUGACGCUUCGCAGUACAACACCAAAUUAAAACCAAAGUACACUUCCGUUGAUUUAACUGAAGUGGAACUACCUGAGAUCGAUACAUCCGGCAAUGCUGAACGAGAGAGUGAGAAUACAAACUUGUUGCUCGAUAUGCGCCAGGAGCUGGUGUCCCAGAAAGAGGGUGAAUCAGAAUUUGAAGUUCUACAGCAUUUGGACACCAUGAAGCGAAUAUCCCUACGUUCCCUCAGAUAUUUCUAUGGCCCAAUUGAGGGGACACCCUUUUCACUGGCGCUCGCUCUGCCGGAAAAGUAUGGGAUGCACGAAUUGAAUGCCCAACAGGAGAUUCGUCACUCGCACAUUAACGUGACGGAGUAUUUUAAGGGAAAAAGUUGGAAGGUUCAUCCAGAUUGGGUUUACUGUGAGUACAACAAUAUCAAUGAUAUGGAGCGUGAGCGAGAAAAUUCCGGGGAUUCAUUCUCCCAUGUGGAGACUUUUGAAACACCCGAAGAUCAAGUAUUGCACUUUUUGGCCAGGGCUGGGCGUCCAGGAUGGAAGUGGAUGUCGGUGAGACCACGAUCCCCACAGCCCCAUCAUGGUCAUGGCACCAUACCGGUUGGCCAUUAUUCGCAACACUUCAAUUCCGGUCAAAGUUCACGAAAAGCUGAACCAUAUUUCUGUGACCGAACUCUGAUACAGAGUCUCGUGCGUGAUGCAAUUGUCACUGAUGGAUUGGAUCGGGGACCAACUCAUCCCACACGCAAGGAGGACAAACACCCAAUCGCCACGUUAAUGGCUUUGCUGCACAGACAAGGAUACCAAAUGUUUGGGGUGACGGUGUCUUUUGUGGCAACGCGGUCAGGACUUUUACGCUGGGUCGAUCACAUUCCCCAUCCACCGGAAUCACCAGAACCACACUUCAGCGAGUCCAAUACUAGAGCCAUGGAUAUGACAUGGUACAAGAGAGCUGUGGAUCAGCAUGCUAUCGAACCGGACAGCUUUGUCUUCAGUGUACCCUUUGACUCUGGGUACACGGGCAAGAGCAAUGCCACACUUGUUACAGCAGCCCAUGCCAUCUUCAUUGACCACAGAGGCCACAAAGCUCCGGCAGCUGUUGUAGGCCUGCAAUUUCAACAUGAUUCACUUGCCAGGCAUUUCAUCAACAUUACAUCGGCGUGUACCGCAAGUGGAUGUCGAAAGACGUGUGCUUCAGAUGAACUAGACUGCUACCUUCUGGAUAACCAUGGAUUUGUCCUCUUGUCUGAAGAUUCUGAGCACACUGGAAGAUUUUUUGGCCAAAUUGAUGGCACAAUAAUGGAUUCAUUGGUUCAAGAUCGUAUCUACAGAAGAGUACCUUUAAUGGACUAUCAAGGAGCUUGUUCUGACCGAGAAAGCUCCUCUCUAGGUGCUGGACAGAAAAUCAAACCCCUUCGACCAUUUUCUUGGAUUCUAGAUUAUGGAAUGUCACUGGCGGCAACGUGGCUUUCACUGAUGCCAGCGCCCAUUUCUGCCUGGUCGAGAGCACAUUAUGGACCAGAAUAUUCAGAUCCAGAUGAAGAAUUGGAUCUCAAUUAUUCGGAAGACUAUGACAGCAAUUUUGAUUACCCACCAAUUGAAGGAGAUUUUGUCACGGCACCGGAAAUUAUCUUUGAGAGACCAACUGAGCCCCCACCAAGGCCUGUGACUCCACCUCCGGGUCCACGUGUUGUUCCUGAUCCCAAACACGCAAGACCCUGCGAUCUUAAAACAGAUCUCUACAUCUUGCAGCCGGAGAGAUUGAAUUCGAGUGGCCAGAGCAAUCCACUGAAAGGGAAGCUCACCAAUUGCCACUCUUCGGGCUGCGAGAGGCCCUUCAGUGUCCAGAAGAUCCCCCACAGCAACCUCAUUCUGCUCGUGGUUGACACACUGUGUCCGUGUGGAUCUAAACAGUUAGACAUUGAACCACAAGAAGUAACAGGAGGACGUGGUGCAUGCGGAACGAGGCGACAAGCAAAAGAGAAUCUUCCACGAAAGCGACCGCAGAAGUGUAUAAAUUAUCAUCCGGAAGAGACGGAAAUUGUACAAUGUGGCCGAGCCACGAGACAAGUAAUUAAUGCGUCCCUCCUGUCCACUUUCUUCACUUUCACCCUUCUGUGGACUGUGACGCACGUGUGAUUCACAUUUGCAGCAUCACCUCAUUAAUUCCACAUAUAUAUAUUGCUAUAUAUUUGUGGUGAUUGAGAGAAACUAUAUAUACAUAUAUUUAGCAACUUGCAGCAGAGAAGAAAAAAACAAAAAUCACGAACGGGUUCUAUUUAAUUUUACUACCGAAUACAUCGAUGGUAAGAGUUUAAUUAUUUAAUAAAUUACUGAUAAAAAGAAAUUUAAAAAUAAAUAAUGGUGAAAAAAUGGCACAUAAAAAAAAUUGACGGUGAUUAAAUUCACUCACACACUAAUAUUUAUAAGUGAAAAAUCAUUGAAAAAAAAUUGAAAAUUAUGAAAAUAAGGUAUUUAAAGUAUAAAGAAAUUAAUUUAAAUAAAAAAAAUGUGGUACCUUUAUUGUAUGACUGACUGUCUACUAUUUACAUUAAUUAAAAAGAAAAUGGCGAAAAGAAAUUGAACAAUAAAAGUGUGAAUGAAUUAAAUUAAUUAUACAUUUUCAAUUAUUGAGAUAUAUGAAGAUAUGGUGAGUAAGAAAAACAGUUUAAGAAUAAAAAACUGUACGGUCAUACACGAAGAAACUUUUUGUAAUUCGCGUGGAACAGAGUUAAUUAAUUUGUGAGACAAUAAGGAAACAAUGGAAAGGAAACAAUUAAAACAAUUAUUUAAAUAAAAAAAAAUUGAUGACAUUUCUUCAGAGAAAUUAGUAGAAAUUAAAUUUCUAAAUAGAAUUCUAAGUUUAAAUGGCGCGGUAAGUUAGUUGAUAUAUCUAAAUAAAUUUACAUUUAUUGGUAUGUUUGCACUGUAUAAAAAAACUGUACUCGGAAAUGAAAAUUUCGCAUCGUUUCCCAAAAAUAAAUAUGUUUAAAUAAUAAUUAAGUAAAUUAAAGAAAUUUUAGAAUGAAAUUAAUUUUAGUCCAAUAAUUCGUCGCGACGAUAUAUUUGUACUUCUAAUUUCACAAAUUCGAAAAAAAAAACAUUUGAAGAAAAUCUGAAGAUAGGAAAAAGAAAAAAUAAAAUAUUUUAAAAAAUACAGGGCUUAAUAUUGGAGUAAGAUUUUAAAAAAAAAAUGAGAAAAUAAGAAAAUUUUGACGCAAAAUCUCUUGAAUUAAGCGACGCAUACAAAAUCAAUGAUUGGCAAAGGCAGUAAAAAAAGUAUAAAAGUGAUUAAUUGAAGUGUGUACACACAAGAGAGAUACGAACCUGUAUGACAAUUUUUUGAAUUAAAAAAAAAGAGAAUAUUAACAAGAAAAAGAAAAUUGUUACUGUAAAUAUAUUUGAUGAUCCAGUGAGAAGAGUAAUGUUAAGGAGGUAAGAAAAAAUAUAGUGAAAUUAAAAAAAGGAAAAAAUGAUUUUAGUAAAUGAAUAAAACAAUUUGAUAUAUUUAAAAAUCAAAUAGAUGCAUUUUUAAAUAAGAAAAUUGAAAAUUCAUUUAUUGAAUCAUAAACUGUACAGAGUCUUCCAUUAAAGUAAAAAAAAGAUUAGUAAGAAAAUAUUAGAAAGUAUUAAAACAAUGAGAGAUAUUAUUGAUUUAAACUUACUUAUAUUUGAAAAAAAAUGAGAGAUCAUUAAAUAAAAAAAAAUCUUAUUAAAAAAAAGAAAUUUCUAAAAAAAAAAGGAAGCAACUUCAAGUGAAGUCAGUUAAACAGACAGAAAAUGGAGCAGAAAGAAGAAAACAAUUUACAUUAUACAGAUUAUACUAUUGCUAUUAUACAAUAUUACCAAUUAUACAUAUUUACAAAA